CUCCUGUUCUCUUGACCAAACACAUUUCACAGAACGUCGUGCUUUUUCGUUCCAUGUCGGAAAAGCAGAGGCAAUGUUGUGUUGUGAUGCGGAUUAAUUUGGAUUGCAAUGCCUGUUGUAGAAAAGUUAGAAGGAUUGUCAUCAAUAUGAAAGGGAUUGAUACACACAUGAUCGAGAAAAAGGAAGACAGGAUAAUUGUUUGUGGACGAUUUAGACCGUCAGAUGUUGUAGUAAAACUGCAGAAGAAGAUGAAACGAAGGGUUGAGAUUCUUGAAGUUGGAGAUCUCACCGGCAGAGAAGAAGGAUUCCAUGACCAUGAGACACCAUACGAACCGGAGCAUGAAUAUUCCGAACAGCAACCUGAUCACAUGACCAUGCCAUUAUUGUUUUAGUUUCAUUAAAGUCGUUUGGUCCUUUUAUCCUCCAACAUGGAUAUACAUUUGUAAAAAGCAUUGGAAGAUACAGUGCGUAUAUAUACAAAAGUGAUACUCGUUAUUA